GAGACUUCUCCGAACAUAAAGGGAAAUAACACUUAUUAAGUAAGCCUAUCCAAAGAGAAGACGCGGACAUGAACCGAUGAACGGAUGAUUCAGUGAGCUGCACUACCGAGAAAGUACGGAUUAUUUUUGUUAUAAUGGAGGGAGUCAACCAGUUGAAGAAUAAAAAAUAUGCUGCUGAUAUUGAUUCCAUAAAGGAGGCACACACUCGCAUUAGCCCCUUUAUUCACAAGACUCCAGUUCUCUCCUCGACAUCAUUGGAUUCUAUUUCAGGAAAACAGUUGUGUUUCAAGUGUGAAUGCUUUCAAAAGGGAGGAGCAUUUAAAAUUAGGGGAGCUUCAAAUGCUAUAUUUUCGCUGGAAGAUGAUCAGGCCGCUAAAGGGGUUGUUACCCAUAGCAGUGGCAAUCAUGCUGCAGCAAUUUCUUUGGCUGCAAAACUUCGUGGAAUUCCCGCUUAUGUUGUUAUACCAAAAAAUGCUCCAGCAUGUAAGGUUGAGAAUGUCCGACGCUAUGGUGGUCAGGUCAUUUGGAGUGAAGCAACUAUGCAAUCUAGGGAGAGCACCGCCACAGCGGUGCAGCAAAGAACAGGUGCCAAUCUGAUCCAUCCAUUUAAUGAUAAGCGCAUCAUAAGUGGACAAGGCACCAUAUCACUAGAGUUGCUCGAGCAAGUACCUGAUCUUGAUACCAUAAUAGUUCCUAUUAGUGGCGGUGGUUUGAUAUCUGGGGUUACCUUGGCCGCCAAGUCAAUCAAUCCCUCCAUUCGUGUUUUGGCUGCUGAACCGAUGGGUGCUGACGAUGCUGCCAGGUCCAAGUUAUCUGGAAGACUCAUCACACUAUCUGAUACAAAUACAAUAGCAGAUGGUCUCCGAGCUUCUCUCGGGGACUUGACGUGGCCAGUGGUCCGUGAUUUAGUGGAUGAUAUUGUCGUUUUAGAUGAAAAUGAGAUUAUAAAAGCCAUGAGGCUUUGCUACGAGGUUCUUAAGUUGGCUGUGGAGCCAAGUGGAGCCAUUGGCCUUGCUGCUAUUCUCUCUGAUCAGUGUAAGCAGAAGCCUUAUUGGAAGGACAUGAGGAAAAUUGCGAUCGUUCUCUCUGGAGGUAAUGUUGAUCUUGGAGUGCUUUGGGAAUCACUCAAGUGAACCUUCCAGCUAUUUUGGCAGAAAGAAGUUUCGUCCAUGUUCAAAUCUCAUCCAUUUGCUUGUCUGGAUUAAAGAGUUGGUUCCAGUGAGUUGAAUGUUUUCCUUUUAUUACUGUUCAAUAAAUGUAGAUUAUGAAUUCUUUUCGAUAAUAUUAGUCUUCAUCCAUGGAGGAUUAUGAGAUUUUUCCUAUUAUAUCACAUCAUCUAAGCUGAAAGAAACCUCCGAUUGAUCAUA